UUAAUGGUAAACAUGUUUAGUGUACGAACAAUAACGGUAGAACCAUCAGUUUUCUUGUACUUUAUGGCUAAUACUUUGUCGUCUAAUCUGGCCACUAACCUGCUUCUAUACAAAGCGUGCGUGCCAAACACAGCUGACGGCGAAGAAUGGCGACCAGCGCCGGACGAAAAAUGUCCGGACGAGGCGAAAGCGCAACACAUUCUUAGUGAAAUCAACACUUGGAAGUACUUGGUUUUGUAUACGGUACCAGCGGUAGUUACCUUUUUCGCAGGCCCGUGGAGCGACAGGCACGGAUGUCGUCGUCGGCCGUUGAUAUUCGUCGCGGUCUUCGGCCAGAUCGGCACCGAUUUGCUGAACGCCUACUGUUCGUGGCACUGGACAUUGUCGCCCAACGUCACCGCUAUACUUCAGGUUUCUGCCUUGCUGGUGACCGGCAGUACCACUCUCAUGAACAUGGGAGUGUUCGCGCAAGUCGUCGAUGGCACCGACGUGCAAAAUAGAACUUUCCGGUUCGGCAUCGUCGUGUUCAUGUUAACGGUUGGUUCCACCGCUGGCCAAUUGAUUUUUGGGUUCAUCGUACCCGCUAUCGGGUUCUUGAAGUCAUUUCUCGUGUGUGCUUCUAUGAGUGCGACGGCUCUCGGUCUGGGCAUUUUCCUCAUACCGGACUUGUCCACCAACUAUACCAAAGUCGGAUUUUGGCAUGACAUCGCCCAAACAAUCAGUCCGAAUAUCGUUGCCGUCUGUUUUAAAGUAGCGAAUCGAAAGAGAAAAUACAAUAAAAAAAUUGUGUUGCUCUUAACUGUAAUGAUCGCUGUACCACUGACUAGUAGUAUAUUUGCGGGUGAACUUUCACUGAUGUAUAUGUUUGUAAGAAAAAAAUUCAACUGGGAUGAGUCAAACUUCGGUGUAUAUAUUGGAUGUACUGAGGGCGUUAUGAUGAUAGGAACCACACUAAUCUAUGGGAUUAUGAGUAAAUUGUUUGAAAUUAACGAUUCAAUGAUUGGUUUUAUUGCUACCGUAUUUGACUUAGCUACUGCUGUAUCAUUCCUAAUAGCUUCACAAAGUUGGCAUCUAUAUUUAAUACCUCCUUUACAACUUUUUCGCGGUGCAGCACUUUCAAUAACUAGAUCAAUAACUUCAAAAUGUGUCGAAGCACACGAACUUGGUACCUCUAAUUCAGUGAGACUGGUAAUAGAGUGUUCUUUGAAAGCCAUUAUUACAACAAUGUAUAAUAUCGUAUAUGACAGGACUUUGGAAACAAUUCCCAGUGCUUUUUUUAUCAUCAGUAUAGUGUUGGCAAUGCCGUUACUUGGCUGUUUUGCCACAACUUACUAUUUGUCAAGGGACCAAGUAAAGCAAACUGAUUGUCAACCAAAAUCAAAGAAUGAGCUUAAGAUAUUAAUUACUACAGAAAUGUAGUACCGUCGAUGAUCGACUCCUACGAAUUAUGAUUUAGUAUUAU